AGACCGGAUUCUAAUGGUUAACUCUUACUAUGACUGCAUGGACUUCUUGCCAUGUCGUUUAUCCUUUGGGGGAAUGGACCAAGACAUUGAGAAAUUAAAUGAAGGCAGAUUGACAGGAAUAUACAAGGUCAAAGAGGCUUUACCACCACAAAAAGUCGGUGAGAUGGACACUGAUGUAACUGCAGAGGAAAUGGCACAGGUUUAUCGUCCAACCAAUAAGCACAGAAAGAGGAAGAGUGACCAACUAGACGACAUAGCUACAGAGAAAGAUGAUUAUGAUGACACACAUGAUGGUGUCAUUGAGAGGACUCAUGGCAAGCAGAACAGUGAAAGAAAGCGAAGCAGUGAGCACGAUCAAGCCAAACCUGCUGGUAUUAAAAAUCUAACUAGACCCAUUUUUCGGGAUAAAAGUAAAGACAGUGGCAACUUCAGCGGUGGUCACCAUAGAGUAGGUAGCUUCCAGGGUAAUAAUCAUGGUGGAGAUAAUUUUAGAGGCAGGGGCAGAAGAGGAGGGAAUUUCAGGGGAAGGAGUGGAAGAGGUGGGAACUUCAGGGGAAGAGGCAAAAGCAGAGGGAACUUCAGGGGAAGAGGCAAAAGAGGAGGGAACUUCAGGAGCCCAGAGCAAGGUGGCUUUUAUGACGAUGAUAGAGACAUCAAGAUGUCCGAAAAUAAUGGGGCACACAUUAACAAGAAAAUUAAAUUCAUGAAGCCACAAGAAUAACUUCUGUUAUGUUUGUUGUGGUGGAUCCAGAUAUUAACAUCCUCUGACAGUCUCUGAUCCAGUAAUAUAAAAAACAAAAUGUGAAAAAUAGUACAGUAUUAUGAGGCCUCACUGCAUAACACAUUGUCAGAAUGUAGGAAAACUUUUCUUGACAUUUAUUUUCAGUAAUUACCAUGCCACACAUGCACAAAAUGAUCAUCCACAAAGAAAUAAAUACAUUUGGUCAAAAAAUGACCAAAGUAAUCAGACAUGCAGUUGUCAUUUGGUAGUGGUGUAUUGACAGUUUGAGCUGAUCUCUGCACCUAUACAACUGUGUUUGUAUGAGUUGUACUAAUUACGUACUCUACUUCAUAGAAUUGAUAGGUAUUUUGUUUAUUAACCUCAUAAUGCCAGAAUUUCUGUAUUUUUUAUGAAAUAAAAUAUUUGCUAAUUUUUC